UACCCGGUCUCUCUCUCACACACACACAGAUUCAUCAGCAAUGGCGUCUAUAAGCAGCAUCACACCCCAACGAUUCCUCCACAUCUCAAGACCCACGUCAGGUACAAAACCCAACUUCGAAUUCUCAUCAAAGGCUCGAAUUCGCGUAAAUGGUCUCUCAGGAUCCUCUCUCCCAAGCUGCUGUAAACACCACAACGCUUCAAAAUCCCAUCUUUUCAGCUCUAAAAAGAGAACUUGGAAGAUUGGAUCCACCGCUGAUGAUCUCGACGUGAUCCCCGUGCAAAGCACUGAUUUGACGGAUCAACAGAACGAUGCCGUGGUCCGCAUCGAGAGAGAAGAGGAAGUUAAGAGGUCGAAUCUAGUCGGCGGGUUUUCGAACGAGGGCCGGCUCUCGUUCGAAAGCGGAGUAGUCGUGGAUAUUCCGGGUUUCUCUUCUUCGUCUUUGGGUCCUUUGGGCGCGGAGGGAGAAGUGGUGGAUGUUGAUCGGUUGAUUGAUCAGAUGAUCAAUGCGGUGAUUGUGCUCGCUGCUGGCACUUUUGCAAUCACCAAGUUGAUCACCAUUGACCGGGAUUACUGGCAUGGAUGGACACUCUAUGAGAUACUAAGAUAUGCACCCCAGCAUAAUUGGAGUGCUUAUGAAGAAGCUCUUAAAGCAAAUCCUGUUCUAGCCAAGAUGAUGAUAAGUGGGGUGGUUUACUCACUAGGGGAUUGGAUCGCACAGUGCUAUGAAGGCAAACCACUUUUUGAAUACGAUCGGGCUCGCAUGUUAAGAUCUGGCCUUGUUGGGUUUUCUCUUCAUGGGUCUCUUUCUCAUUAUUACUACCGUUUCUGUGAGGCUCUUUUUCCUUUUCAUGAUUGGUGGGUAGUGCCAGCUAAAGUUUUGUUUGACCAAACUGUGUGGUCAGCUGUUUGGAACAGCAUCUACUUUGUUCUUUUGGGCUUCUUGCGUUUUGAAUCGCCCGCCAAUAUCUUUAGCGAACUGAAGGCAACAUUUUUUCCCAUGCUAACAGCAGGGUGGAAGCUUUGGCCUUUUGCUCACCUGAUCACCUAUGGUGUAAUACCAGUCGAACAAAGGCUUCUUUGGGUCGAUUGUGUGGAGCUUGUCUGGGUUACCAUCCUCUCAACUUAUUCAAAUGAGAAAUCAGAGGCAAGGAGUUCAGAGGCGCCAUCUGAGAUGAACACCGAGUCUCCAUUGAUUGGCCCUGAGGAAUAGAUGCAGUACCCACAUGUUCAAAGAAGAGUAGCUUGUCCAUGUGCUGUUGUAAAUAUGUAAAACCUCCUUUGGCAACCAAUCAAUGGUUGGUUGAAAGGAAUGAAUGCACCAACAGCUUACGUUUUGUCAAAUGCCUUCUGAAGUGACCUGGGCGCAAUGGAAAACUAUCUCCUUCCUCUUCUAUCCUGUGUAUCAAACAAGCAUAAUUUUUCUUUGAUCUAAGGCAGUGAAGUCUAAUCCAGCAGCACGAAGAUCAAAUGUAAUUUGAAAGUUUCUAGAAACAUUUAUUGUGUGACGUAUUUAUUAUCAUUUUUCAAGACCUUCUAGCAAUCAAAAUCAACCUCUUCUGUUUUA